AUCAAGUUCGGUAAUUGAUGGUGAGCUUGGUUGAUGACUGCCGCUAGGAAGGUGCCACCCUAGCGAGCGAGUUGCACAUUCGUCAAGCCUCGGCGAUGGCCUCCGAAGCAUUUGAUUGAUUCGAUUGAACGUAGCCGAGUGCAGUACGAUACCAUCUCUUUGUUUUCUGCAAGUCGGCAGUCUCGUGUGCUUGGAUACGCAAUCCGAAGGGGUGUCUCGAAACAGGGCGUCAUACCGUUACGGCAAGCGAGGCAGCGCAUCAUCAUCUCGAAGGCCAAGCUUCCAAAGCCAAUGCCACCACCGUCGAACACACCUUCCGGAGAUAGACCAAACGUCAACGCAGAAGACGCUGAUGUCUGGAACAACACUGCGACGGCAGAAGAAGACAUAGCAGACAUGUCCUACUCGACCCGCGACCGCGAACUUCUUAGAGACCUGAACCGCCUUGACCGCCGACGAGAAGCGGAAGCCACCGAUCGCACUUCCGAAGAUGAAACGAGGAGACAAAGGUUGCAGAGAGUGCUUGCUAGGCUCAGCAGGCUCGAAGACUCGAGGCCGACCUAUGGGACCCCGCCGGUACAGCAGCAGAGCCUCUAUGAUUGGGCCCCUACUCGUACGAACGAAGGAGAGGACGAAUCUGAACAAGCUGCCGCACGUCGUCGUGCUCUAUACCGUCGACAUGACCUGAGAAGCGCUGCCAUUAUGCAGAAUGCCCGUACCACUCUGCCCUCGUCUAGUGGAAGCCGGCGGCAUAACGAAGAUACGAACGAAACUCAAGACGCUAGGAGUGCAUAUCGCCGGACAUAUCUGGCUGACACUCCUGCCCAAGACUCGACUCCCUCGACGUCGCCGUCACGGCCUUCUCCUCUACUCGAGUCCGCUUUGAAAUACCUUGAUAGUUUACGGGAGUGCUCUACAUAUGAUGAAUCUCUUUGUUCGGCCUUGGAUCAUGGCCUCUUCGCCCCUGAAAGCUAUGAUGACUUGAUAACCGACACUAGACGCUGUCUUUGUCCACAACCUUCCUCGUGGCUAGCCCCUGGCUCUCUCUUCAAAGGUACCCAACAUACAACGACGGCUGGGAAAGGCUCCUCUCUUCGCUCACCCACCGCUUCUGAUGCUACCCGUCCAUGGCUGGGCCACGUUCCAAUACCUUACUCAAGGUCCAUCCCUCCGUCCUUCUCAGGCAAUCCUUUCACCUACCUGUCGCUGCCACCUCGAGAGAUUCAAGACCGAUGGCCUGUGAAGGUCACAAUACAAGCUGUCAAUCUGCAGAAUAUGACUAUUGCUGGGGUUAUGGAGGCAUUUGAUGUUCCGAAUACAACACAUCCAUCUCCCGAAACACCGCCCACUCCCAUUACGACAUACCUGGAAGGGCAAAUUAUCGACAUGAACAUCCACAGCUUUCUCACGCCCGCCAAUUCGCCGGACUCAGGAGGCAUCGCUUUUCCACAGACUUCAGCCUUGACAGACGCGGCUUAUUGGCGAAAUCUACCACCUUUCAGUAACAUGAAAUCCGAUCACGAUGUUGCGCGAGCAAUACUUAGCCGAACGCAGAUGGAAGAAAUCAUGUCGGACUGGAUCUUUAUGCGCUGGAAGGAGCGAUGUUUCAUACACUCUGAUUCAGAUCCUUGUCACAGGCAUAGCGAGCAUUCGACGACUACAGGAGAGGGAGAUGAUAAUGACUUCAACCACGGCUUAACGAUAAGCGGCUUCUACUAUGUUAGUUUGCGGAGGGGUGAUGGAAACAUUGACGGACUUUACUUUGACACCAAGACGAGCCCAUACCAACAGUUGAGACUUGCAGCGAAGAGCCGCGGGACACUUGGGUCGUGGCAGUUCAAAUGAAGUUGUUGUUACGAGAUGGCUUAAUGAAACUCAUUGCAUUGAAUAUUGAAUGAUACUGAAUGCGCUUGUGCCUGUGUGACGAGCUUUCAAAACCUUGAUGGCAUGACAUGAACGGACAUGAGUUUUGUACAGCAUCAUGGUACUCAACCCUUAUACAAGGUAAGGUCUCCAUGACCAUUUGAGCAGAUCCGUGCUUCACAUUGAUUCACGUUGCAGCACGGUGGGACGGUACAUGUAUGUGUGUUUUGGAGAGUUUUCUCAUUCCAUUUUGAACUUGUAUGCCAUUGCCAUUCCCAACUGAAAAUAACACCUUUGCCCGACCCUCCGCGCUAUGCUUUUAAGUGUAGCAAAUUGACGUGAUUGAUGAUUGUUGUUCGGGGAG